GACAUCUGUCAUUCACUUUAGAAUGAUGUUUUUGUACAACACGGAAAUUUUGUAGAAAUUAUCCCCUAAAGAAUUUACUGAUUUCUUUAAUUUUCCAUGCUGAGGUCUAGUGAACAAUAUGUACAGAUAACAUAAUCCAAGAUAUAUGUUAUCAGAGAGGCACGGAAGACCGUGUGCCGGACCCUAAAAUGGGCCUUAAAAUGUAACUUAAUUUUUGUUGAAUAUUGUGUGUCAUGUGAACGUCCUGUAACGUUUUGUAAAUGUUUACUUGUUUGUUUGUCAUAUUUGCAUGUUUUUUGUAAUUGUUAACGGCAUUCAAAUGCCCAUAAAGUAUCAGAAAAGCAACACAAAAUGAAGCCUCAUCCUACAGUUGCUAGAGAAAGCUGCUCCUUUUCAUUAUGUCUUGAUACCAGCCAAUCAGAAUGUCCAUCUUUAAAACGUUUUAUCAAAAGUGGAUCCAAAACAGAGAAUCUUUUUUACGACAACACCAUUUCACUUAGAGAAAGAAAACUGAUUGAAAAGUUAGUCGAAACAAGAGCAAUUUAUGAUGACGUUCGAAAUCAGUUACUAUCUGGAAGAAAUUUUAAUAAUAGAGAAAAAAUGAAUCUAAGGUUAAACGCGUCUUCACGUGAUGAAGUUGACGAAAUUAGAAGUGGUAGUGCAAUUGUAGAAAUCGUAAGUCUGAUGGAUAAAGAACAUGGUAUUUGCCCCAAGAAGGCUAGUACAUAUCAAUUGAAAUCGGGAGAUUAUAGUGAUUUGAAGAAAAUAAAGUGUAUUUUUGCUCGUGGGGAUAGUCACUUUUCAUCGCGAUUAAGUGUUUUAUCAGUAAUGAACCCACGAAAACGUCGGAGGCACAGAUCGCGUCGACUUCAAUUUAAGCAAAUUCGUUCUGAUCCUUGUACAUGUACUUUAAAAUCCCGUUGUUCAAAACCAGGACUUGCAAAUAAAUUUUGUAAUGUAAAAUCAUUAGGACAAUCUUCGCAACUCGAUCAUAAAUGUUUAACUCAAAACGUAAACGAAUUGAUUCUGAGUAAUAAUGUAGAAAAAGUAGUAAGAAAUUAUGAGCCAGGAAAUGCAAUCAAAAUAAAAUCACAAUCAGUUUCCAAAGAAUGUACAAUAGAUACUUUAGGUAAAAUCGAACUAGCUAGGCACUGUGUCCGAAAUGAAACUAAUUAUACACCUUAUAUUAAAGAACUUGACAAAAUAAACAGGAAAGAAUACAAUGAAGGGAGAACAAAUAUUGUGGAACAUCGAUAUAAUUUAGGAAAUCUUAACUUAAAUCGCGUGCAAAUGAACCGAGUAGAAUCUAGCACGUUAGCAUAUGGAGAAAAAAGUAAUAAACGAAAAUUGUAUAGGAAAAUAGGUGGCAAAAAAUAUAUUUCCCGAGUAAAUAAGACUAUGUUAUCAAAGUCUGCUACUAGCAGCACUUCGAAAUCUUGUUCAUCUAUUGAAAACUCUAUAUACAGACUUGCGAGGUCUAAAAAAUCUACUCCUAAUGUAAACAAAAGUUUAUGCACGAUUUUUAAUGCUAAGCCUAAAAAUGGUGGGCAAACUAAAAAUGUAACCGAAAAUCAAGAUUUGAACAACUCAGGCGUAUUGAAUGUUGCAAAAAUUUGCGAUCAUAAAUCUGUAAAUACUUCAGAUUAUUGUAGUUCAAAUCUAUGUCUUCUUGAGCCAAAUUUGACAAAAUCAUUAAAGAAAAAACAAAAAAUAAAAGAAACAUCAAAAACAUCUAAUCAUGUUAUUUCUCAACACGUCACAAGUACUUCUAAUACUGGUAAUAGUUCAGUGGUGAGUCAAAUAAAAUGCAAUUAUAUGUCUGAUUUAUAUGUAUCCGAUAGCAUGGAGGCAAACAAGGGUUUAAAUAUGUUAUAUAAACGCAAAAAUCAUCAUGAGAAACGAAAAAAGGCAAAAUCAUCUUUAAAUUUUAUUAAAAUAAACGACUCUGAAUCUAAUUUUACAUUCAAGGAUAUUUCGUAUAGUGAUAAAGAAGAACAGUCAUGUACAUUUAUCUUGAAAACACACGUACCAUCAAAAACAAGGGCUAAUUUAAGAAACAAUCCUAAAGGGAACCACAAAAAUUCGGAUAUCCUGUCUUGUGAACCGCCUAAACUAUUAACAUCAGAUCUUAACAGUAAACAUGUUUCGAAAAGAAUACCUUCCCGGAAAAGGAUUAAAAAGAAAAUUCUACUUAUUGGUCCAGGAUUAGUAACUACAUCCAGCUCCGGUCAGAGUGAUUUGGAUAACUUUCCAUAUAAAGAGAAUGCUACAAAUCUGCACUUGCAAUCUGCCAACAUAAGCACUUGUCUGGACCAUAGUAAAAUAUUACCGUUUACUUACACCUGUCGAUUGAAGAAAGCGAAAACAAAAAAAUCAAAGAUAAAUAAUCAUGUUUGGAUGGCCGUAAAAUCAAAAACUAUUUUAAACGAUAAAAACCGAAAUUCAUCUGUAAUUUGCGUUACGGAUCAAUUGAAAUUAGAUGGAACUCCUGUAAAACACCCAAAUUCCCUAGAUGAGAAUGAAGAAAAACCUACGAAUAAUGAAAUUAUGUGUAAAAGAACACAAUACGCCGUGGAAAUGGAGUCAGAUUAUUGCUCUAACAUUCAAUGUCCCAAAAAAAGUUAUGAAUCGAUCGAAAUUAAACAAAAAGUUUAUGUUCAAAAUAAAGGUAAACUUGAGAUAAGUAAUCUACACCUAACUCAGCCGAAGAUUAGUAAAGAAAUUACAAAUAAGACAACAUACAAAAAACGUGAAUCUCUUUCUUCAACUCAAUUUCUAGAUGACUCCUGUAGUUCCGACGUUAUAAAUAAAAGAUAUGAAAAUAAUUGUGCCAAUUCUAUUAUGAAAAGAAAAAAACGCUUGACAGCUGUCAACACAAUUGAAGAUGUUUCAAGUCUGAAAUAUUUUUCUACAACAAUGAGUAAGCCGGAUGUUAUCGGAGCAUGUCCUUUAUUGAAGCGGUGUUUCUGUACAAUGAAUAUUCAAAUUCCAAAUUACAAGCAUAAUAUGGGUGCUAAAUCAUAUCUUAAUAAGUUGAAGCCUUAUGAAUGCGAGCCUGGAAUAUGUAUACCUGGAGAGUGUAAUCCAUUGGUCUGUUUGAAAACAAUAAGAAAAAGACUUCGAAGACAAUGUUCAAAUAAAACAGAAACAAAAAUUAACUCGAAAUCUGUUUCAACGAAUACUAUUCGUAUAAACUCGCAAGCAAAAUGUCCACAUCAUGGCAUGAUGAAACCUUUGUCAGGAAUUAAAUAUAGCUCGUCGCCAAAUAGAAAACAAGCCGUGCGUAUUGGCUCGACAUUUCGUUUUAAUAUCGAGUUUUCCAAGACCAAACUAGAAACUAAAAAUCAGGGUAACUUAAAAUAUAUUAAUCAGGGUCUAAGUGUCCAUUCUAAACCAGAGAACCAGCGCCAAAAAAAUACUCCAUAUAGCGUAUCCACAUCCAGAAAGUUGGAUACCAGUAAAAAUGCACGCAUUAAACAAUCUGGUUCAUCGCAACUACGAGACCCUACAAUUUAUUUUUCUAGAGGUCAAAAACAAAAAAAUCAAUUACAAGAUUCGUCUCACCGAAAUACAUCAAUCAUCAAAAAUAAGAAUUUACAUUCGAAUAUAGUUUGUAAAUGUAAAAAUAAGUUCAAAAGUUUGAACAUAGAACAUGAACCGAAUUCUCCCCGGAGAAUAUUAAAAUCCAGCAAAUUAAAUAGAAGUAAAGAGCAAAAAAAUCAAUUAAAAAGUAAACAGCAAAAAAAUCGAUCACAAGGUUUAUCUCGCCAAGUUGUUAACAUUGGUUCCAAUUUCAGUUUUAAUAUAGAAUUUUAUAAGAAAAGUAAACAAUGGGCCAAGUCCAGAUUAAAUGAAUCAAACAAAGUUAUAGGACAAUCAAAUACUAAUAUAAUAAAAAGAGAUUCUGGUGCUAUCGGCAAAUAUUCACAAACGAAUUCUGCAGGAAAACCUAAAUCUACAACAUUUUCUGAUUUUUGUACAACGCUACAAGGUGUGAGCAAUAUACCGGCAGUAAUAAAAAAACAAAUUUCUAAAAAAAAUUACCCUCGUAUCAUUCAUUCAAUUCAUUCUAGAAAAAUCCAACUAAAUGAUAAACAUUUACCUUGUUAUUCAAAUACCAAUUGUAAUAAUUCCCUCAAUGACAAAAAUAUGCAUUUUUCACAAUUUUCUAAACAACGACCAAAUUCUCACAUUAGAAAAAAAGAGGCUAUAACUAGUAAUCUUGUUUCUGAUCCUACAAAUAAGAAUCAAGUUGUACGUAUAGGGUCUACCUUCAGCUUUGAUAUUACAUUUUAUAAAGAUGUGCUGCCAAAUUCAACAGAUUUAGAAACUGCUGCUAAAUUAUUAUGUAAAUCUAAGAAUUAUGAUACAAAUGAAUAUAAAAUCAAAGAACUAAGAACUGCUGGUAAGGUUGAUCAGAUAUCACAGGUAUCAAAAACUAUGAUGACACAAGAAAGAGGAGUUAAUACAUUUUCUGAAAGACAUUUAUGCAUUCUUAAACUUAAGAAUAGGAAUAAAUUUAAAGCUGAAUAUUCUGAAAACCUUCAUUUAAAUAAAAUUGACAAAGGAGUGAUGACCCAAACUUGUCAUGGUUUGAAGAACGCUUAUAUAAAAACUCAAAUUCCAAAUAAAUGUAAAUGCAAAAAAAAACGUAAUGAAAGCUCACUAUUAAUUGGUGAGAAUAAAAGACAAAAAGCGCAAAAAUAUUCCAAUUGUUAUAUUGAGCCUACUCGCAGAAAUAAAUCUUCAAGACAAGUUGUUAGAAUAAAAUCCAGUCACAGUUUCAAUGUGGAGUUUUAUAAGCAGAGAUCUCAUAAUGAGGAUGAUCAACCCACCAUGUAUACUCAUCCAUGUAAAAUUUGCAAAAAGACGAAAGAUUGGGUGAAAUCAAGUUGUAUUGCAAAUGCUCCUAAGAAAAUACCUGCUACGAUAUAUGAUGAUACUUAUCAGCCAAGCCUACAAUAUAAAAAGUUACAAGGAAUAUCUAUUAAAACACAAACUGCCCAUAACAUCAAUGACGGAAAACGGUCCUUAAAUAAAAAUAAAGAACAGCAUAUACCCUAUGUUAGUAUCAAUAAUGAAAGUCUGAUUGAUGCAGACAAUACAUUUAGAGUAAAAUGCAAUCCUCUAUGUAAAUCAAAAAAGAAAAAUAUUGCUUCUAAUGUUGAAGCCCAAACUAGUUUAUAUAGAACGGAAUGCAAAUGUACUAAAAUGGGAUCACUUAUAAAAAAAUGUCUUUGUAAGCUGUCAUUAAAAAAAACUUCCAACAAUGACAUUAUCGCAAUAAGUGAAGAUGAACUAGGUCACACAUCAGGAUUAAAAUUUAAAGUUCUAUCUCAUCGUAAAACAGAAACAAAGAAAACGAUUGAUUUCAUUGAUAAUGAAGAAGUAAGUCGGAAGUCAAACUUCAGAAGGAGUAAGUUACAAAAUCGACCUAAUUUUGAAUGUAAGUGUAGUAAUUUGAAAUUUAAAAAUUCAUUAUAUGAUAACUGUCCAAACUUAAAAGAACAACGAAGUUUUCGGAUUCAUAAACGCAAAAAAGGCAUUAAAUUCAUAAUGCCUACGGUUACACCAGAACCAAUAAAUGGCAAUAUAAAGUCAAAAGUAGUUAGAAAGAAAUCAGUACAAGGCCUUCAAAACUCAUGUGAAUAUUAUCGAACAAUUCAUAUAAAAGAAAGAAAAAAGAAAUCUAAAUCAAAAAAAUCGGCAACUUGUAAUUGUCCAGUACAGAGUGAUUCAAAAUAUUUACAAGUUGAUGUUAAAAAACAAAAAGACUAUCAUUGGUGUCCUUCUAAAAAAAAAUCGAAUUACGAGUGCCCUGUGCAUACUAGUGAAAAAAAAUUUCGUCCUCGGUUUCCCGUGGUUUCUAAAACUCCGAUAAGUUCACAAGACGAUACAUCUUGUAGAUCAGAUAACAAAAACAGUGUUACAUUUGGUUCUUGUAUGAGUUUCAACAUUGACUUUUAUAAAGAGCGGACCAAUAAUAACGAUGUAAAACCUUACCUUGAAUCCAAAACUACUCUUGGAACUAAUAAAAUACCGAUGUUUCAACGUAAACGAUGUAAUAAUUGUGAUGGUGAUAAAUCAUAUUCUACGAUAAGUUCACAAUCAGAAGGGAUAAAGUUAGAGAAUAAAGGAACUAGUGUCAUGAAUACAUUGAAACGAUGUUUUUGUACCUUAAAUAUUCGAAAAGAUGCACAUCAAAAUAGUAUUGCCGUUAACCGAAUGACAAUAGAUGAUAAUCAUAAAUCAUUAUUUAAUAAGCAACAAAAUGACGAACUUUAUAAACGCUUACCUCGAGAAUUUUACAAAAAUAAUAGUAAAACGUUACUUCCAGUUGAAAAAAAAAACUUAAAGUCUCAAAUAGUUUAUGUGAAUACCUGUAAACAGUUGAAUUUUCCCAAUAGAUGCUCACCAAUGGACGAGCGUAAAAGACGUGGUAAGAGGUUAACAGCUAAAAAGAGUGCUUUAGCUAUACAAAAAUUAUCAAUAAAUGAAUCGCCAAAAUUAAAAUCUUCUAGCUUUAUAACUUUUGUAAGAAGUUGUAAACAAAUAUUUAAAGAUAAUAAAAAAUGUGAUUUCCAGAGAGAUAAUAAGCAACAGAGAGAUAAAAGAAAACAACAUCAUUUAUAUGUAGAAAACUAUUCUGAUUCCAAAUCUUGUAAAAGAAAAUUCAGUACGGAACAAUUUGAUGGACAUAAUGUAAAGUAUCCAAGUUACGGAUCUGUUGAUAACAAAUAUAUUCGUUCAUUUCCCUAUAUCGUAUUUGACAAUGAAAUAAAAAAAUCUAAUACUCCUGAAUGUGCUUAUGCUAGUAAUAAAAUUGUGAAUUAUUCUUUUAGUAUUUACCCAACUUUGGCUGAUAAUUUGGGAAAUUCUGUUUACAAUCAUAAAAAUGAAAAAGGUAAAAUAAAACCGAUGUCUCAUUAUUCAAAUCACAAAGGUUGCCUUAAUUUUAAUAAAUCGAGUAGUUAUCAGAAAGCUCCAUGUACGUGCACAUCAAUUUGUAAUAAAAAUAUAACUACUGACCAUAAACUACCACAUUUUUCGAAAAUUAGUAAUAAAAUAAUAAAUGAUGAUAUCAACUCACGUAAAUUAUUGAAAAAAGGAGAAUUAAUUACAAGUGGGAAUAGAGAGUCUCACUUUUCCGAAUCAAAAGGUUUUGUGAAAUUAGAAGUAAAAAGUGAUCUGUCAAAAGCUUCUAAAAUUACUCAAAUUGACGUAAAACCCGACUAUCAGACGCAAACUCAAAUUAUACAACAAAAGGAUAAACGUAUAAAUUUUAACCGUAAGCAUCUCAGCGAAUCGACAUAUAGUAAACGGACAUUUGCUAACUCGAUUUUAGGUUCCACAAAUAUAACUAAUAUAAUAACCAAAUGUGUAUGCCGAAAAGGCGAUGCUGAGAAAAAAAGCGAUAAAUGCGCCUUAUGUUGUAGAAAUAAAAGUAAUUACGGAACCAUCCGUUAUGAAAACAGACAGGCAAAACUUCCCGAAACAAAAGAUUUUGCCAAAUUUGAAAUAAAAAGCAAUAUGAUAAAAUAUAAUCACAAAAUUUCUAAAACAACUCAAAUUGACUUAAAACCUGACAUUCAGACACAAACUCAAAUUAUACAACGAAAGGAUAAAUGUAUAAAUUUAUACAGUAAUAAUCUCAGUAAAUUGACAUAUAGUAAUCAUAGUAAACGGGCACUUACUAAUUCGAUGUUAGGUUCCACAAAUAAAACUACUACAAUAACCAAACGCGUAUAUCGUAAAGGCAGUGUUGAGAAAAAAAGCGAUAAAUGCGCCCUAUGUUGUAAAAGUAAAAGUAAAUACGGUAGUCAGCAUGAUAACAGACAGGCAAAAGAUUUUGUGAAAUUUGAAAUAAAAAGCGAUGAUCAUAAACCUUCUAAAACAACUCAAAUAAACGUAAAACCUGACAUUCAAACGCAAACAGAAAAUAUUCAACAGAAGAAUAAAAGUAUAAACUCCAACAGUAAGUAUGUGAUUGAAUUAAACAACAGUAAACAUAGCAAACAGACAUCUGCUAAUUCGAUGUCAAGUUCCACAAAUGUAACUAAUUUCAUAAGGAAAUGUGUAUGCCGAAAAGCCGAUGUUGAGAAAAGAGGAGAUGAAUGUGCACUAUGCUGUAAAAAUAAAAGUCCAUACGGAAACAUCCGUAAAAUAUUCUGCAAGUGUUUCUCAUCAAGCCCUAAUCAAAAUGCCAUCAGGCAAGCAAAACAUCCCGACAAAAGCGAUUUCAUCAAAUUUGAAAAGAAAAGCAAUCGCGUAAACGAUGAUUAUGAAUCUUCUAAAAGUGAUGUAAAACCUGAUAUUCAGGCACGAGCAAAAAAUUCAAAACAAAAGGAUAGUAGGAUACAUUCAAACUAUGAUACCAAUAAGUCUAGAUAUAGUAAAUAUAACAAACAGAGGUCUAAUAACGCGAUGUUUGGCUCCAUAAAUAUAACAAAUUUUAUCAAAUGCAUGUGUGGAAAAACCGAAGCUAGGAAAACAUGGGAUACGUGCGCAUCAUGUUGUAUAAAUAAAGGUCGAUACGGAGCUAUACGUAAUAGUUACACUGACAUAUGCAGUUGUUUUUCACCGUACUCUAAUCAAAGCGAAAGACAGGCAAAACAUUCCAAGUCAAAGAAAAAAAUCGAUUCAGAAAUAAUAAAUAAUGAAAAUAAAACUGAAUACAAAGCUUCUAAAUCAAGUAAAAUUGACGUAAAACCUGAUAUUCUUAUACAACCUCAAAAAGUGAGGGGCAAAAGUAUUUUCAAUCAUAAAUAUUCCAGUGAGUUGAGUCUUUCGCAAAAAAAGUUAAAAGAAUCUCGUCAAGGUAUCAGACAGCUUUAUGCUGACCAAAUAGAAUUAUUAGCUAAUAAUUGCAAGUGUGUGAAACGGAAAUGGAAAAGAAAGAAUAAUAAACUCAUAAAAAAUUUUGAUGAAAUCACCGUCCCAGACAAUAUUGAUUCAUCCCAAUUUUCACGUGGCGAUUAUCUUUAUCCCCAAAAAUAUACAACACCAAAAGUACCGAAAGGAUCUUUAAAAGCCAAUUUAGAUAUAGGUAAUGAAAAUAAUAAAUGUGCAUGCUUUCAUAAAAAAAUACCUAAGCAUGUUGUAUUUUCAGUACUCUCUUCUAAUGACCGGUCUCUAUUAGACCGGUCACCAAAAAUUAGGAAUAAAUCCGCAGUAAAUUCCAAAAGUGUUCAGGUAAUUUAUGAAAACAAAAUGGGAUUAACUAACCAUCUUAGUGAUACAACUGAAAAUAAAAAAGCAAUAAAGGGCCACCACAGACACAAAUGUUCUUGCAAGUUGCCGAAUCCUAGUUUCAAAUUACAAUUCAAGAAUCGUAAUGAAUCAGCAGGACUCCACAAUGAAUUAUGUGCUUGUGAAUCAGUAAAAUCUUCGAACAUCAAGAAUCUUCGUUCGAUAAAAAAUAAAUUCUUAAGAGACGCUCCUAAACAACAUACACUAAAAUCGGAACAAAUUAAUACAGACGAUGAAAACAAUAUCAACAAAAUGUCAACUAAACCUAUUAUGAUAUCCGAACUCCCCUGCAAUGAUUGGCAAAAAUAUAUGUUGCUUACCGAUGGCAUUCAUCAACUAAAAACGCCUUGUGAUAAGUUUGUAAAUCUAUCUAAACUCCCGGGCAAUGAUACUCAAAAACAAGAAACUCCUCGUGAUAAGUUUGUAAGUCUAUCUGAACUUCCUUGCAAUGACUGGCAAAAAUAUAUGUUGCUUACCAAUGACACAAAAAAACGAGAAAGUUCUGAUGAGAAAUUUGUUGAAAAUAAAUACCCACGGUCUUGUCCUAAAACACAAAAUGUUAAAGUUUCUGAAUUACCAUGUUCAUUAUCUAGCUCGCAAAAAUAUAUGUUAUUAAGUGAACCACCAAACCAAUUACAAAAUACCUGCCAAAUUAACACAUUGAAACUUGACAGGGAAUAUUCCAAUAAGAUUUUUUGUUUACCUAAAAACGAAAAAAUUAAGAUGUCCGCAAUAAAUUGGGAAAAUACUAGUAAUAAAAAAAGAAAACUUAAAAGUAUUUUUAAAUCAACAUCUCCAUGUCCGAUUUGUAUUGCUGAUUUUAACAACUUUAAGUCCUCUUGCGGCAAAGGGAAAAUUUCACAACAAUAUUUGUGUCAAUUGAAUACAUCCGUAGCUUCUCAGGUUGUACCAGUAGUUGAGAAAGUCAGUUUAUCACAUACAUGCCCUUACUCCGUAUCCAUCAAUUCAGAUGACAAAAAAGUAACAACAAUUAAUGCAUGUAACAAUUUAUGCACUUGCGAUUUUCCUUGUCCUUGUCAAAAGCAUCCCAAAACAGCAAAUAUUACUGAAUUGUCUUUCUUUGAUUGUGUAAAGCCAAAUAGACUUCUUGUUAUAAGUGAUAGCGAUCAACCUGAAUCAUCAUUACAUAGCAAAAAUAAAGUGAAAGUUGAUUCUAGAAAUGGUAUUAACUUCUCAAUGCUAGAAGAUAAAAAUAAGUUUAAUGUCGAAGAAAAGAAAAUGGUAAAUAUUCAUACACAAACAGAUAGCGAAAAUGGUAUAAGAAGUUUAUAUGAAAAAAUGCAGAGGCAAAAUCAUAUAAAAGCAAAAGAGGAACAAAGUGAACAAAAGAUGGGUCCCAAAAUGCAUAAGAAUAUGAAACAUGGUGCAAAAUUGGAGGUUAUACCAAUAAAAAAGAUACCUCCUGAAAGUGGAAAAAAUACAUUUUUAAAACAAUUUUGCAUACAUUGUAAAACGCCAUCGUGUAGAAAAGAAACUGUGACUGAUGAAUAUUUAGGUAAAACUGCUAGUAACGUAUCUCCGGACUUAAAGAGUUUGCAAAGUACCAAAUUUAUUACAGGUAUUAAAAUUCGUGUUAACAAAAUAGUUGAUAAGUUUCAUAGUGAUAAAAACAAUUGUAAAGAUCCAUGUAUCUGUCAAAAUCGAAAUGGAAUAAAACAAAGUGAAGAAAUAAAAAAUAAAACAAAGAUGAAAGAAAUGGAUCUUAGUGAUUUACGUGGUAAAACCACACCUGACAAAAACAAUCAGUCUGAACGUAAAACAAGAAAUCGUAUGAACAAAUUGGGCAAUGAAUCUCCUUCAAAACAUCAAUCUGAACGCGAUAAAGCAAACAUACCCAAGUAUGAAUCUGAGCGCAAAUCAAAAUUUGAUUCGAAGUCUGCAAUAGAUACAAAUACAUCAAAACUAAAAUCUGAAAAAUAUAGGCCUAACGCUCAAUAUGAAACUAAAAUCUAUAGCGCUCCUUCUACAAAAUCUUAUUACCAAGAUAAGUCUGACCAAAACGUAUCUAUAACUAAAAAAUAUAAUAAUAAGCCUGAAUCUGACAGAAAAUCAAAAAUGGAAUCAAUUGACGAAUCUGGAUUAAAAUUUAAAGAGACUUUAAGAAAACUCAAAUCGAAAGCUGAAUCUAUAAUUAAAAAAAUUUACGACAGGCCUGAAGCUGACCAUAAAAACAGAAAAUCAAAACAAAAAAUGGAAUCCAUUAACGAAUCUAAAUUAAAAUCUAAACAGAGUUUAAGUAAACUGAUAUCGAAAGCUGAAUCUAUAAUUAAAAAAUCUUCCGACAGGCCUGAAUCCGACCUUAAAAACAGAAAAUCAAAACAAAAAAUGGAAUCCAUUAACGAAGAUGAAUUAAAAUCUAAACAGCCUAUAAGAAAACUUAAAUCAAAAGCUGAAUCUAUAUUUCAAAAAUCUUACAGGCCUGAAUCUGACUCUAAAAACAGAAAAUCAAAACAAAAAAUGGAAUCCAUUAACGAAUCUGAAUUAAAAUCCAAACAACCUUUAAGAAAACUUAAAUCGAAAGCUGAAUCUAUAUUUCAAAAAUCUUACGAUAGGCCUGAAUCUGACCAUAAAAACAAAAAAUCAAAACAAAAUAUGGAAUCUAACACAUCUGAAUUAAAAUCUAAACAGACUUUAAGAAAACCCAAAUCGAAAAAUGAAUCUAUAUUUAAAAUCUCUAACGACAGGCCUGCAUCUGACCAUAAAAACAGAAAAUCUAAACAAAAAAUGGAAUCAAUUAACGAAUCGGAAUUAAAAUCUAAACAGCUUUUAAGAAAACCUAACUCUAAAGCUGAAUCUAUAUUUCAAAAAUCUUACGAUAGGCCUGAGUCUGACCAUAAAAACAGAAAAUCAAAACAAAAAAUUAAAUCAGUUAACGAAACUGAAUUAAAAUCUAAACAGAAUUUAAGAAAGCUUAAAUCGAAAGCUGAAUCUACAACUAAAAAAUCUUACGACAGGCUUGAAUCUGACCAUAAAAACAGAAAAUCAAAACAAGAAGUGGAAUCUAAAAAAAAGACAUCCAAAUUUAGUUCAAAAUCUCAACAUAUGACUAAAAACUUGGAAUCCAAAUCGAAAUUUGAUAAUGAACUCAAAAUAACUAAAUUAAAAUCAGGCCUUGAAUACAAAACUUACAAAUCGAGUGAAUUUAAGAAAUCUGAUUUUGACUCUAUAGCAAGAACAUUGAAAAAAAAGUCGAAGUCAUCCUCAUUUCCUAAUUAUUUGCCAAAAUAUAAAACAUUUUUUGUUUUAUUCGAUCAUAAAGGAAGAUGUAUUUGUGGCGUUAAACCAGUUAAAACAAAAACGAAACAUCAGUCAGAAAAAAUAAAAUUCAAGAAGAGUAGGCAGAAAAAAGAAAACUUGUUUAAUAAAAAACAAAGGGGCGUUUACUUUAAACGUAAAUUUCUAUGGAAGCGUAUGAGAAGAUGCACAAGACGAAAAAAUAAAUUGAAACGUCUGAAAGAAAAAAUCUUCCCCACAAAAACAAAGAGGAUGAUUCGGCGGUUAAAAAAAAAUAAAAAGAAAGUAGCUUCUUUACCCGUAAUUCGGACAGUGAUAAGGAAACUUGAAGAACAUCCUCUUACCAACUACAUGCUUCACUACUUUGACAAAGAUUCCAACAGACGAUGGAGACCUAGACAGAAAGUCAUUGUUGCACGGAAAGAACCCGUUGAUUUCCAGUGCAACUUAUACAUGGCUUCGAUCCGAAAGAAGCCAUGGCUUUCUGUAUAUUAUUUAUGUCCCUGGUUCUACCCUCAUUGUAUAAGCUUUGUUAAUUUUUGGAAACAAUUUACUAAUAUUGUUUUAAUUACUUUAGCUGUGGUAGUGUGGACUCCUUGCUUCUUGGCCGUAGAAUUGUGUAGAGGUUUAAUGUGUUGCGUUUUCUGUACUGGUUAACAUUUCAAAUAAUAAAAUUUAUAGUAUGUUCAUCUUA